CUGAUUCACCCGGCGUCAGUCGUCCCGCUCAGCUGCGGGUAUCUGUGUUCCAGUCGAGAUACCCUUGCGGCGCCCUUUUAGUGGCGCGGAUUCAUGCGUUGCCGGUGUGUAUAGACUACCUUUAUGUAGCUGAAAAAAGUCCUUUCAUUACGCCAAAUGGGCUGGCGCCUUUGCUGUACUACCAACCCUUUCCUUCACAUGAUCAGCUUCUCUCCCGUCUAGUGUUUGUCAAGUCGGCCCGGAGGUCAAUCUCAGCAACCAUGAUAAGCACCUGUUUAGACCUUGCGCUUUUGUGCCAUCCGGUACUCGCUUUCCUCUCGAUACAACGACCAAAGAUGGCGGCUCCGAUUUCGAAAUGGCAGUACUUUCUUCUCAGCUUUCUUUCGCUGCUCGCUAUUCGCUAUGCGAGUACGACGAACGCGAGUCCUCAGGUGCCGGUCCUGCAUGAAAUCCAAGAGGCUGUCGAACAGGCUGUCUGCCAGACGGUUGACCAGCCAAAUCCCAUUGCGUCACUUUACCCAACGAAUGCGACUGGAACUUUGAACGGCACGAUCUCAGUCCUACCAAUCUCAUUGGACCUCGCACGCAAACUCAUCCCUUCGCAAUACCGCAUCUUGGAGCACGCAUACCGCCAUCUCCUCCCAGAUUUCCCGGAAGGAAUGUACCCAGCCCUUCUCCAGGCAGUCCACGACCACGGCGUACAAGCUUUCGGCUUCCAAAUACCCGACUUCUCGCGUGGUGGCAUCGAAUUCCCAUUCCUCGAUCUCCUCGGCGACAAUGCCACGUCCUUCAAGUGGACGCCAUCGCUUCUCAUGUCGGCCGAAAACGUCAUCGCUAUUGGAGGCGCUGCGGAUUACGGGAUCAAGACAUAUCCGUCGUUGUUCGAGCCUGCUUGUGACGCAUACAGCGCGGUACCCGACGCUAAGGAACCGCGAACUACGUCUUUCGAGGCGACGAGUGCAGAGGCUGGCGCCGCAUCAAUUAGCACACGGCUUUCACUCACGUCGGAGGAGAAGUACCCGCUGGGCUUCUUCAUGAACAUCACCAACCAAGUCAUGUUCGGGGACGGCAAGCAAUGCGAUAACAUGAUCCGUCUCUUCAACACGAGCUUGACAACAAGUCCCAACAAAAUCGAGACUGUUAAGGGCACCGUCAAAGUCAGCGGUUUCCCGCUGGAAAGCGAGCAGGAGUUUGAGUGCGCGUAUGGAAUCAGGUUUAGUUCGGCGUUCAUCGAGAACAACUAUUUGCCUUGCGAGAACUUCAGGAACUACGGCGCUUAGAUGAAGUAUACAGGGACGAUAUGUUGGACAGCGCGUGUGUUACGGUUUUCUGGUGCGGGAGUGUGCUCUGGUAAGAGCGCGGAAGAGCGGUCGAAUGUCCGCGAUUAACGAUACCCAUUAAGCCACAGUGGCUAGCGAAUACC